AUGCCAAAAUCUAUUUUUAUAAUUAUACUUGAUAAAAUUCCUUAUGAAAAAUUUCGUGAUGCACUUCUAUUGGCAAUUUAUUUGGGUCAUACAAAUAUAGCUGAUUUUAUUAUGAAUCAUCCAACCUAUCGAACACAUAGUGGUGGUUUUCUUGAUCCAACACAUCCACAAGCAUACGAUGAUUCACAAUUUAGUUCUGAUAUUACUCCACUUAUUCUUGCUGCCCAAUAUAAUCGUUUACAAAUUGUUCAUCAAUUAUUAUCUAAAGGUGAACCUCAAGUUCGUUUAUCUGCAUAUAAAGGUCUUUCAUCAGAAGUUUAUAUAGCUUUAACAUAUCCUGAUCCAAUUUUACAAGCUUUUGAAUUAAGUCAUGAAUUACGAACACUUGCUAAAGUUGAACAUUAUUUUCAUGAAGAUUAUGAAAAAAUAGCUAAUCAAUUAUCAAUAUUUGUUACACGAUUACUUGAUAAUGUUCGAGGACAUGAAGAACUUGAAAUUGUUUUAAAUAAAACUGGUCGACCAAAUGAAGAAAAAUAUGAAAAUUUAGCUCGAUUUGAUUUAGCUAUACUUUAUCAAGAAAAAGCAUUUGUAUCACAUUCAAAUUGUCAACAAAAAUUAAUGGAAAAAUGGUAUGAAAAUUUAUCAGCAAUUAAAAAUGCUCAUCUUACAAAACGUUUAUUAUUUUAUCUUGCUUUUAUUAUUUGUUUACCAUUUUUAUUAUUGGCUUAUUAUUUUUUUCCUAAAUCAAAAAUUGGUUCAUUGUGUCAUCAACCAAAUUUAAAAUUAAAAGCAUAUAUUGUUUCUUAUCUUGCGUUCAUUAGUCUUAUUAUAGCAUCAAGCUAUUUUUCUAUAUCACAUUUACAAAAAACAAAAUAUCUUUCGGAUUAUGAUUCAGAGAUUUAUAAUUAUUAUAUUAAACAUAUUUAUGAAAAUAUUCAAUUAAGAAAUGAUUUAAUUAGUCUAAAUGAAAAUGAACAUGAUAGUAAUAAUGAUAAUGAUACAGAUUCUCUUAUCAAUUGUAAUAUUAGUCUUCGUUUUAUGGAACCAAAUCCAUUUCAAAUAGCUAUUUUUAUUUGGGUUAUUGGUUUUGUUUGGCAAGAAAUUAAACAAAUAUUUGGUUCAGGUAUACGAGUUUAUCUAACAUCACAUAGUAAUUAUGUCGACUGUUUAAUGAAUAUACUUUAUAUAUUAUAUUUUAUAUUUCUCUAUUCAACUAUGGUUUUAACUCGUACAUCAAUGAAUACAUUUCAUUCAUCAGUUUAUUGGGAUGCUAUUGCUCGCUAUAAUGAGACAUCAGAUAGUGAAAAAGAGCAUCUUCUUACUAAAACUUAUCAUAUUCUUUAUUGGAUUAAUGCUGAUCGAUAUUAUUGGAACAGUGGGGAUUCACAAAAUUUAGCUGAAGCUUUUUUUGCUAUGGGAAAUGUUGCUAGUAUUUGCCGAAUCUGUUUUCUAUUGCCAAUUAUUGGAUUUGUUGGACCAUUACAAACAAUACAUUCGAACGCCUUCAUAGCAAUGGUUCAUUUCUUAUUGAUUAUUAUAUUUUUCAUAUUUUCAGUAUUAACAAACGCACAAAUCGAAACUGAGACUUCCCCUGCAAAAUCAGCAUGGUUUUGGCCAGUAUUAAGUAUUUGUAUCGUACUUAUAGUUGGUAUUCCAUGUAUAUCCUUUAUUGGAUUUGUUAUUUGUCGUGUUAAAUAUAAAUUAACUUAUGAUUCAGAUGAAUCAAGUAUUGGUUCAAAUUCAUCAUCAUCAUCAUCAUCAUCAUCACCAACAGUACCAGUACAACAAGAAAGACGACGUAGACAUUCUCGUCAUCAACGCUCACAUCACGUAGAAGGUUUUCGUACUCCGCCACCUCCUUACACAGCAACUGAACAACCACGAAAUCUUUUUGUAACAACAUCACCUCCACCUUCAUAUGAGUCUCAUAUUAAUGAAAAUGUACCAACAACAAAUUCAUCAACCGUAAUUAAUUUUCAGUCAACAGAAUCUAUUGAGAAUUCAACGACAACAAGAGGUCUCGAUGCAUCAUUAUCAACAAUAAUAAGUCCAUCCAUAUAG